UCAUAGUAUAUUAAUUUAAAGCUAAUACCUGUAUGAAUUUGUUUGAAAUGUGGUAAAGUAUUCAUAUAUAUGUGUGUGUAUAUUUUGUCAACAUAAGCAAUCUGUAAUAUGAUCCAAUGCUGAAGCGGUAAAUGGCUAUUUGGUAUCCUAGCAACAGAAAAAACAAAUAAAACCCAUACACUUACUGAGAGACGUCUACAGGUAUGUAGCUUAGCUAACUUUGUAUAUUACACAACUAAAGUAAAAGCUGCUUAUGUGCCACAAGCAAACAAAAACCGAGAACAACCUUUUCAUUUUUUAAAUUUACGAUGUGUAGUUUAGAACGUUUACUACUCACAGUACUAUAGAUACUUAACUGGCUCGCUAAUAAGAAAAUUAAUUUACCAGGUAUAAAAUAAAACCGAUACAGUACUUCACAAAGAGCCCGUGACUUUAGACUAAAACUGAGAUAGAAAAGUAACUUCUCUUAUGUGUAAAAUACAUUGUCAGACAAGUUUUGUUUAAGCGAUUUCUUGAUUCAGCAGGUCUGACAGUAAUCCGACUAGUUAGUGAAAGUAAACUGAGCUUUCCAAAAAUGUUUUAAUCACAUGAUUACAUACUUUUUUGUCCCUUAAUAAAUUAAGUCAUCAUUUAACAAUUGCAUUUUUUUAUUUAGUCUGGUUGUCUUUGUCUAAUAUUAAAAUUAGUUUUCUGAUUUAACACAAGUAAGUGUGACAUAUAGAGUAAAGUGAAAUAUAUGAACUCGUGCUAAAUUCAUUCAUAGAACACACUGCCUUUAUCAAAAGCUAAGACACUGUAGACAAAACCAGACUUUUUUUUUUUCCCAGUCGAAGCCACUGAGUGUUGACAUGUCUGAAGAUUGGUUUGCAUUGCUGCCAAACAGCCAGUCAGAAGAUGGUUGCUUGGUACAGAGCAAGCACCUCGCUAGUGAGGCUCAUAUUAUUUUAAGUACACUUGAAAACUGCAUCAGUAAAAUUGAGACCGCAGCAGCUCUGCCCGCUCUCCUCCACCUUAACAGUAAGUCUGAGAUUGUUGACAAGGACCUGAGCAAGGCACUUGAAAAACAUCGGAUUUUAGUGGAAAGACUGGAGAAACUAAAAAGUCUCAAACAGGAGUCCGUUGAAGAACAAAUAAGAGAUGCCAGGAUCGGAGGAGAGAAGGAGAGAGCUCAGCUUGGGAAUGAUCUCAAGAACUCUGUCAGGGAUAUUCUCCGUUAUUGCCGAGCCCAUUCAGAUGGCAUUAUUGGCUUGAGGGCGGAACUAGAUAUAAAAAUAGAGGAAAAGGAGUACAAAUUAAUUAAAGGAUUAAAGGUGCUUCAUAGCCACAUGGUAGAAAAGUUUCUGAUCAGCCCAGACGAGGAGCUACAGCUCAUCACAAAGCAGAAAGAGUUUUCAUCCUCUGCAAAAGAUCUGGAGAAAAAUAUUUCACUGGAGGAAGAAGAAGUAGCUAAAGCUAUACAGCAAGUAGAUGCUGAGAUUUCCCAGAAAGAGAACACAAUCAAACACUUGGAAAGUUUGCUGCAGGCGUGCAGCCCUCAAGAAGGUGAUGUGUCAGAUGAUAACAUGUCGCCUUUUGAAGACAAACAGGUGCAGGCACACAUUCAGGUGUCAAAGCUGAAGCAGGACCGUUUACAGCAGGAAAUUGAUCAACUGAAAAUUCAGCUCAAAAAUGUUGUGCUUGAGAACAGACAGGCUGAGAGAUUACUCCAAGAGAAAAAUGAAAAGAUGCAAGGGAAAAUUGACUCCUUAAUCCAAAAGUUUGACAAUGAAAUAGGAGAAAUCCAGGCCAAACUGGAGUUGAAUGAAAAUGCUUAUGAAAUGGAGGACAAUGAGCGGAAGAAGUUUGAGAAACCCUUUGCUACCCUGGAGAUGGAGUACAAUCAGAUCCAGGAGAGGAGGCGGCUGGCUGAAGAGAAGAGACAGGAGGAGAUCAGAGAGCUGGAGUUGAAGACCAAAGCUGCCAUUCUGAUCCAGGCCUGGUGGAGAGGCUACAGCGUUCGCAAGGCCUUAAAGAACAAGGCCAAAAGCAAAAAGGCCAAAAGGGACAAAGGAAAGGGCAAAGGCAAGAAGACCAAAUAAACCAUGCCUUAUUGCAUCAGUGUUUCUUUGCCAAGACACACUCCUCUUGUAGAGUGUGAAUGUUGUUUUCUUUUUAAAUGAAGUAUUUAUGUUUCCAGCAAGUAUUUCCUGUUUUGUGUGUUGAGUAGUUUCUGUGGCUCUGUGUUACUUAUAAAAACAAAAACAUUCUGAGUUGAUGUUGUCAACAUCAUUAGAGUCAUUAGACUGAAAAAACACCAGAUAGAUUAGCAUUUUUAUUUGUCAAUGUCAGCAAAAAAGAGUUUGGCAGUUUGGAUGUGAAUUCAGCUCUGCAUGGGUGUGUUUGAUUGACUUCUGUUAACACAUCUGUAGUUCUUUUGCAGCAAAUGUCCACCACAUGUAAACUCCACUUUUCACUGGAAACACGUGAAAUCAACCAAAUCAGUUCAAAGGGGGACCCAUCUACUCAGUAUAAGAGCUGCUGUUGAAUCUAAAGGCCAUAGGGGGGCAGUGCAGACCCCUGUGUGCUGAAUGAUGUACAUUACAUUGUUGUUAUUUGGUAGUCAUAAACAGAAAGCAGGGAGUGAACCCCUGGCAUUGCAUAUUUAUUGUUUAACCCAUCAAUCUAGCCUUUCUCUUCCUAAUUAUCCUUAUUCUGGACGGGUUGCCAAUCUGACACAGGGCUAACACAGAGAGAUAGGCAUUCAUUCACACUCACAUUCACACCUAUGAGAGAACCCAAGCAAACAUGGGGAGAACAUGCAAACUCCACACAUAAAUGCCCCAGCUUCACUCACUGUGAGGUAACAGUGCUUAAAAUCUAAAAAGCUGUUACACUUCCCACUAGAUUCACAUCAGAAUUAUUAGUCAAGCUCCGGUCAUUAGAACAAGGUUCUAUUGGUUACUCACUGAAGUCAGUAAGUGUAUUAAGGUACACUGUGAGGUUAUUAGAGUACUCGCCAAUAUUUAGGUUUCACAGUGUAAGAUAAGUCACAAGAAUCUACAAGUUCACUGCCUUUAACUCUAAAGUUCAGUGAACUCAGGACUAACUUUAAAUGAACUAUUCAAUGAUAAUUAUGUGGAUUUAUAGGUAAAGAACGGAAAUUUACUUAAAGGGGUUUUGUUUGUUUGUUUGUUUGUUUGUUUGUUUGUUUGUUUUACAUUCAGCUGUGUCCAGGAUUUCUUCUUUUUAUAUCAAGUGUGACAUGUUUUUUGUCUGUAUCCUUUUCAAGAUAGUUUCCUGUUUCUCUGUCAUUCAUAGCUACACCUCCCUCUCAUUUCACAGUAUCUUCACAUCUUACACCUCAUUCCAAAGAAGUUUAAGGUCACCAUCCUGAUCUGUCUCAAUCCAAGUAUUUUCUCUGCUGUAUGUUGAACGUAGUUCUACUUUUUCUUGUUCAUUAUACAGGUGAUCUGAUUCAAGAAGCAGACUAGACAUGUGGUGUACCUAAUGGUCACUGAUUAAAGUUUGAUCCAGGAUUAUACCUGGUUAGUUCAGAGUAAGUUUUCUCCAGCUGUGAAACCAGGACAGCUGAUUGUUCUUAGAGUCCUCCAGACUCAGCUUUGGUUUACUCUGAACAUCUUGUGCGUUGUUUCUCUGAUAGAGCAUCUGCAUGUCUUCAUACUGUAACACACAUUAGUGUGUAUCCCCCAAAACAAAUGUCGCCAUCUGCUCAAAUCACAUUAAACGUUUUUUUUGCUUUUGUCAGAGGCAACUCAUCUGAAACAAAAGCCAUCCCUGUUAGUAUGAUUAUUGUAACUUUUUUUUGAUUAAAAAGAAAAUAGGAAGAAGCAGUAAGAUAACCUAUUUUAGACAACAGUAUAUAUAUUAAAGUAGUGUUUCUACUGUUUAGGCCAUCUUUGAGAGAUGAGUCAAGAUUUAGAGCAGCCAGCCAUAACAACCAAACAAUGUUCGGGAGUUUUGGAGCCUUUUUAAAAGUGUAAACGUUUGGGAGCUUUGGAAAUGGCAUGUUUUGAAAACAACAGAUUAGUAAUUAGAAAAAUAUUUUUAUGACAGACACUUUGUUUGGUUGUUAGAAAACAUCUUUGACUUCCACACAGUCACAGCAUGUGAAAGAUCUAGAAUUGAGUUGCAUAGUAACAUGUAGUUUGUUACAUUCAGAACAUAUAAGGUACUUACAGAAACCUUUGUGUUAAAUUAUGCACCAAGUUGAGUUACUUAGUCAAAACAAAUGAAUGAUUUAAGCUAAUAAUAAUUAUCCAAGUGUCUUGCAAAAAUAUCCCAUGUCUUCUUCUUCUUCUUCUUCUUCUUGUUAUUACAUGAGGCCUAUGUCCUGUUGUAGUCCUGUUGUAUCCCAUCCCAAAGGUGCUCUAUUGGAUUGAGAUCUGAUGACUGCGGAGGCUAUUUGCAUACAGUAAAUUCAUUUUCAUGUCCAAGAAACCAAUUUAAGAUUCUUUUUAAACUUAUAAAGAUUUAAAAAGAUGCUCAGCUGCUACUAAUGGGAACAAAGUUUUCCCCCAAACCAUUACACAACCUACACACCCUGAUCUGUUGACAUAAGGAAAAUGGAUUCCUCUUUUCUUUUCAUGUUUAUGCCAAAUUCUGAUGAGUCUCGCCAGACAAGUCUGUGUUUUUCCAGUCUUCUAUGUAUUGUCCGAUUUUUGUGAGACUGUGUGCGUUAUAGCCCCUGUUUCCAGUUCUUACUGACUAGAGUGGCACCCAGUGUAGUCUUAUCUCAAGUCUCUCAAGCCUGUUCCAUUCACUGUGCUAAGAUGAUUUUCUGCAUGCCUUGGUUGUUACCAGUACUUAUAGGAGUUAGUACUGUUUCCUUCCUGUCAGCUCAAAGCAGUCUAGAUCUCAUCUGAGCUCUGGCAUAAAAGAGGAUUUAUUUUUCUGAGAGACCUGCUGCUCACUGCAUAUUUUCUGUUUGGAAACAACAACUAUACUGCAUUCAAAGUCACUUAAGUCACAUUUCUUCUCAAUUCUGAUGCUUGAACUUCAACAGAUCAUCUUGAAAAUGUCUACAUGCCUAUGAGUAGUGAAUUGCUCUCAUGUGAUUGCACCUAAUUAUGUAAUGUGCCUAAUGAAGUGGCUGUGAGUGAACAUUAACCAAUUGGUGCUUGCAUAACUAAGGAGUGUAAUUUAGGAUCAUAUAAAGUUUAUUAGGCACAGUAUGCUGUUACUUGUUGUACUCUUAAACAGCCUCAGUUCUCAUAGGCAUGGAUUCAUGAGUUUCUGUUUCCUGUUGUCAUAUUACAUCCCAUCAUUUCUGUUCAUUCAUCAUCUGCACUCUCGUACCAGUAAUAUGCAGUUCUACCACACUCAAAAAGUGUCUUAUGGAUUCAGAUCAAAUGACUGAAAAGAGUUGGAUGUGGUCUCGAGACCAUUUUUACGUGGUCUUGGUCUUGUCUUGGUCUCAACGGACUUUGGUCUUGGUCUUGUCUUGGUCUCGGAUUCCUCGGUCUUGUUUUGGUCUCGUUGUCUCAGUCUUGCUGUCUUGGAUCGACACACAACGUAACGUUCGAUAAUGUGUCAUGCGCAAAAGCACCAGCUCUAAGAGCC